CGACUGGCUGCAGAGGAGUUGUGUUCAAGUUUUUAACUUGACCAACGACAGUGUAAAUACGAAUUCAACACAAGAAUGCGUCCGAGGUCCGCUGUAGAGAGUUGGGUGUCAUCUUCGGCACAGAUGCCUCAAAUAUCAAGCCAUAUAGAUCUGAGGCCUAUGACACACAGGCUCGCCAUCGUCCCUAGAGCUAAGAGUGCAUCUCGGAUCUCCUCAGGAGAAUUCUCAAGGAGGAACACAAUCAAGUCUGACUCUGCCUCCUCCGUGCAGUCGGUGGCUGAUGAGAAUCUAUCUUUGGUGGACAUUGAGAACCUACUCCUGGAGAGAGUCAAGGACAAAAAAGAGGACUUGAAGGCUGCUUUUGAAGCCUUUGACCAGGAAGGCAACAAAGCUGUCACCAAAGGAGAGUUCAGGCGCGUAAUCGAGGGGUUUCUUGUUCCUCUCACUGAAUCUCAGUUUGAGGGUCUGUUGGCAAAGAUUGACUUAAGAGAAAAUGGAACGAUUUCUUACAUGGAGUUUCUCAGAAGAUACUGCAAAAUGUCAUCAGCAGUAGGAAGAAACAGGAGUGGAAGCCACAGAAACUUGUCCCUUGGAGACCUACAGUGUCGUCUGAAAGAUAAGAUUGGAAGCAAUUUGAAAAGCAUCACCAGGGCUUUUCGGCUGUUUGACUACAACAGCGAUGGGCAGAUACAGCAACAUGAGCUGCGUAAAGUCCUAGAGGGAUACUGCUUUCCCAUGAGUCAGCUGGAAUUCCACAGACUAUGGUCACAUUACAGCGCAAAUAAUUCUGAACACAAUAUCUUACAAGGAGUUUCUUGA